AGAUACAGCUCAUUGCUGGUUAAUAAGAACGCUGUUGCUCUGUUGUACAUCUGUUACCCACUUUAGGAAUAGGAAGUAACAGAAACUGCGGGUAUCCAUCUCUCUCACCUUCAGGAGAGAAGACAAAGAAGCCACGACGAAACUUUGCAAAGGAAUAUACUUAUAGUUCAUUUGGCAGUUCAGUUUUUUGGUUUCCUUUUAUUGUUUUUAUUAUUUAGAGACAGAUGGGGACCACUGGGCUCGCGGUUGUGGGCAUUUUACUCGCCAUUUUACAGGUCUCUGCUUUUGAGGGUGAGGGGCUGAGGAGGAGGAAGAGAGAAUGGGUUAUCCCUCCCAUCUCUGUUGUUGAGAAUGACCGAGGACCCUACCCUCUAAAACUAUCUCAAAUCCGUUCUAAUGAAGAUAAAGUGAAGAACAUCUCCUACAGCAUCACUGGUCCAGCAGCUGAUCAGCCUCCUGUUGGCCUUUUCACCAUGGACAGAAACAAUGGUAUUCUGUAUCUCAAUCAACCACUGGACAGAGAGGAGAAAGACAGCUACAUGGUUCAAUUACAUGCUGUUGCAGAAGGUUCAGGAAAUGCUGAGGCCCCUAUGGAUAUUAUAGUGAAAGUAAUUGACCAGAACGACAACAAACCUACUUUCGCUCAAGACAUCUUUCUGGGAGAAGUUGCUGAGGCCUCACCAAGAGGUUUUGAGGUGAUUAAGGUUGUGGCCACAGAUAUUGACCAGCCUGACACAGACAACUCAGAUAUCCGCUACCGUCUUAUGAGCCAGGAGCCAAUGUUGCCCAGUGACUUCCUGUUUGUCAUCAACCCAGUCACGGGAGUCAUCAGAGUCAAUGCCAGUGGGCUAGACAGAGAGAAAUACCCCAUGUAUACUCUGGUGGUACAAGCAGCAGACAUGGCGGGAGAUGGAUUGACUGGAGAAGCAAAAGUAAUCCUAACUGUCACAGAUCGCAACGACAAUGCUCCGGCCUCUACUCAGCCGUCGGUGCCCAUUCUGGAAGUUCCCAAGUCGGGUGAGGGUCUGAGGAGGAGGAAGAGAGAAUGGGUUAUCCCUCCCCUCUCUGUCGUUGAGAAUGACCGAGGACCCUACCCCCUAAAAGUAUCUCUGGUCCGUUCUACUGCACAUAGAGUGAAGAACAUCUCCUACAGCAUCACUGGUCCAGGAGCUGAUCAGCCUCCUGUUGGCCUUUUCACCAUGGACAGAAACAAUGGUAUUCUGUAUCUCACACAACCACUGGACAGAGAGAGGAAAGACAGCUACAUGGUUCAAUUACAUGCUGUUGCAGAAGGUUCAGGAAAUGCUGAGGCCCCUAUGGAUAUUAUAGUGAAAGUAAUUGACCAGAACGACAACAAACCUACUUUCGCUCAAGACAUCUUUCUGGGAGAAGUUGCUGAGGCCUCACCAAGAGGUUUUGAGGUGAUUAAGGUUGUGGCCACAGAUAUUGACCAGCCUGAUACUGCCAACUCAGAUAUCCGCUACCGUCUUAUGAGCCAGGAGCCAAUGUUGCCCAGUGACUUCCUGUUUGUCAUCAACCCAGUCACGGGAGUCAUCAGAGUCAAUGCCAGUGGGCUAGACAGAGAGAAAUACCCCAUGUAUACUCUGGUGGUACAAGCAGCAGACAUGGCGGGAGAUGGAUUGACUGGAGAAGCAAAAGUAAUCCUAACUGUCACAGAUUGCAACGACAAUGCUCCGGCCUUUACUCAGCAGUCGUAUGAGGCAGAAGUUGAUGAAAACAAAGUCGACGCUCACAUCUUAACGAUGUCAGUAACAGACGGUGACGAACCACAUUCUCUAGCCUGGAACGCCAGGUUCGGGAUUGUCGAUGGUGAUCCUGAAGGACAUUUUACCAUCGAAACAGGAAGUAACAAAGAUGAAGGAAUUAUUUCUACUGCCAAGGGUCUUGACUUUGAGAAGAGCAGCACGCACACUUUGUUGGUUGCAGUGGUAAAUGAGGUUCCUUUUGCUGUUCCACUGCCCACUGCCACCGCCACAGUGGUGGUGACUGUGCGGGACGUCAGUGAAGCUCCAGUCUUAGAUCCAGUAGAGAAGCAUGUGGUAAAACGGGAGGCCCUUGCUGUUGACAGUGAUGUGGUGAAGUACACCGCUUCUGACCCAGACACCGGAUGCACACAGAAAGUCAUAGAUGGUCAUCGUCCUGAAUUUACUCGCUGAGCAGUUGAGUACACUGUGGUCCUGAGGGCUGCAGACAACGAGGGCCUGGAGCAGGACAGCAGCGUAUAGGCCACAGUGUGUGACUGCACUGGGGAAGAAGUGUUAUACAUAUAGGGCAGGUGGUACCGAAAUGCCUGUAAUCCGGGGAAUAUUGUGAGGCAAUCUUUUGCUGCUCAGUAAGUCUAAUAUUUGAUUUUAGUUAUAUGUAAAGAUGCUCAUGCUUUCUCUGCUGUGUAGGAAGUGGUUGGACUUGAUGUGACUUAAAGGGUAACUUUGUUUUGUUUCAACCUUUUUUCAACCACUUUUUGUAUGUCUUCGUGACUGAUGGGAACAACAAUUUUUGACACUGGUCCAGUAUUAAGCAAGAUCGCUGCAAGUCGGCAGUCAGCGAAACAACCUGCAAUGUAAGUUAAUAGGGCACUUUAAAUUCACAUCCACAAAAAGCUGUUUUACCACUGACAGGCUCCGAUUAUUAUUCGGAGUAUCUGACAACAUUAUGGAAAGGAUCCCUACAGAGGUAGAUCUUAAUGUUAAAGAGUAAGAUUCUUAUUUUUAAACAUUCCUGAAAUUGCUAUCACUAAACCCACCAGACUCCAUGCAAAUAAACAUUCAUUUUAGAAUUGUAAAAUACAAUUAAUUUUAAGUCGACAGACACAAAAUGAAACAAUGAAAAGCCAUCUUGAUUCGUCUUCUCACUUUUCCAACCAUAACCACUCUGGUUUGGUUGAAAUUAACACAUACUUUAGCGAUUUACAUUUGGAAAUAUGUUGGCUGUAUACACACUAAAAGUAUUGUUCAUUUAAACGUAGUCUGGUGGGUUUAGGGAUAGUGAACUCAGACCUUUUUCUUGUUUAAAAAAAGAGGAUUCUACUCUUUCAAAAAUGGUCUAUCUCUGAAGGGAUCCUUUCCAUAAUGUUGUCAGACACUUAGAAUAAUAAUCUGAGCCUGUCAGUGGUAAAACAACACUUUUAGUGGAAGAAAUUGACGAUGCACAUUUGUCCUGUAGGGUUACAUUGCAGCCCGGGUUUGCGGCUGCCGAUCACAGGGUUUUAGCUCAAUACUGGACCAAUUUCAAAGACUGUUAUUCAGUCAGUUACGCACAAACAAAUAGGAAAAUAGGUCCAGGUUGGAAAAAAAAAUGUGUUAACCUUUAAUCAUGGGUGUGUGUCGCUUUGUGCUCAGUGUUUGUUCAGUACUGGUGUUGCUGCUGUAAGACGGAGAAGAGGAGAGAAGAAGGAUGAUUAAGGGAAAAUCUAGUUAGCCAGCCAAUGCCACAUCACCCUCUGAGGCUGUGGGCAAUGAUAUAUCAAUAAAUGCUUUUUAAAAUGUUCAAUUUGUUGUUGAAAUGAUGUCUGUUUAGUUGACAUCUUUAUCACAUUAUAAUGUCAACACGCUUUUUGGUUUUCCUCCAGUGGUACAUUAUUGUUUUCUAUCAGUAUACAGCAUAUCAAAUCUGUUUAGAAAUAUCGGGAAUAUUGAAUAGGAUAGAACACAAUGUAAUUGUGCUAAAUAAAACAUCACAUUCA